UGGGAGCUUUUGGGCAGCAGUGAGCUAGCUAGGAAGCGGCGGGGCUGGUUGGUGGUGGUAGCAGCGGCGGCAGCAGCAGCAGCAGAGGAGGUGGCGGCGGCAGCGGCGGCGGUGGCUGUGGCAGAUCGGGGGGGUGGGGGGGUCGGCAGGCGCGUGUCUGUGAGAUCAAUACUGAAGCCGCGUCUGACCCCCCUGGAGCCUAGAUCCCCCCCAGCCCAGCCCCCACCCCACUCCCCGCACACGCCCCACCCCACCCCCACGACCCAGCGUCGCACCGCACCAGCUGAGGCACCCGAGAGGAUUACCCUCUUUGCCCCUCUCCCACCCCCCCCAAAAAGAAUAGAUCCCGUCCCCUGACCCACCCCUUCCCCUUUUCACUCCCCCCUCCCCCCGAACUUUCCCUCUCGCAUGCUUUUCCCCUGCACCACGGAUCGCCUCUCGGAUGCCGCUAGCCUGGAAGCUGCGUUAGGAACAGGCGGCGGCGGCGGCGGUGGCGGCGGCUGUAGCUCGGGAGUGCUAUGACCGGCAAACUCGCCGAGAAGCUGCCGGUGACCAUGAGCAGUUUGCUAAAUCAAUUGCCUGACAAUCUGUACCCCGAGGAGAUCCCCAGCGCGCUCAACCUCUUCUCCAGCAGCAGCGACUCGGUAGCCCAUUACAAUCAGAUGGCUACAGAGAAUGUGAUGGACAUCGGUCUGACCAACGAGAAGCCCAAUCCGGAACUCUCUUAUUCGGGCUCUUUCCAGCCAGCCCCCGGCAACAAGACCGUGACCUACUUGGGAAAGUUCGCUUUCGACUCUCCUUCCAACUGGUGCCAGGACAACAUCAUUAGCCUCAUGAGUGCCGGCAUCUUGGGGGUGCCCCCUGCCUCAGGGGCGCUCAGUACGCAGACGUCCACGGCUAGCAUGGUGCAGCCUCCUCAGGGCGACGUGGAGGCCAUGUAUCCGGCGCUGCCCCCUUAUUCCAACUGCGGCGAUCUCUACUCGGAGCCCGUGUCUUUCCACGACCCCCAGGGAAACCCUGGGCUCGCCUAUUCCCCACAGGAUUACCAAUCGGCCAAGCCGGCUUUGGACAGCAAUCUUUUCCCCAUGAUUCCUGACUACAACCUGUACCACCAUCCCAACGACAUGGGCUCCAUUCCGGAACACAAGCCCUUCCAGGGUAUGGACCCCAUCCGGGUCAACCCGCCCCCAAUUACUCCUCUGGAGACCAUCAAGGCCUUCAAAGACAAGCAGAUCCAUCCGGGCUUCGGCAGCCUGCCCCAACCGCCGCUCACUCUCAAACCCAUCCGGCCCCGCAAGUACCCCAAUCGGCCUAGCAAGACCCCGCUCCACGAGCGGCCCCACGCGUGUCCUGCGGAAGGCUGUGACCGCCGUUUCAGCCGCUCGGACGAGCUGACCCGGCACCUGCGCAUCCACACGGGCCACAAGCCCUUCCAGUGUCGGAUCUGCAUGCGCAGCUUCAGCCGCAGCGACCACCUCACCACUCACAUCCGCACGCACACCGGGGAGAAGCCCUUUGCCUGUGAGUUCUGUGGGCGCAAGUUUGCGCGCAGCGACGAGCGCAAGCGCCACGCUAAGAUCCACCUCAAGCAAAAGGAAAAGAAGUCGGAGAAAGGGGGUGCGCCCUCUGCAUCCUCGGCGCCCACCGUGUCCCUGGCCCCUGUGGUCACCACCUGCGCCUGAGGAUCGGGCACCCAGAUCCCUUCUUUUCCCUUCCAGUGCCUCCUGGCUGGUCGCCUGAAAGCAGCGGGGAAAGCCAGUCACCGAGGCGCAGGGGCCGCGCCCUGAUCUCGCCCUGGACGUGCGGCCCCCUUGCCUCCCCUUCGACGCCCCCCCCAUUUCCACCCUUUCACACCGGCCGGCGGUUGGGGGCUAGGGCUGGAGGCACUUUCUCCUGGCUGCCCCCUCUUAGCCAAGGCGUGGGGGCGGAAAGGUGGCGUCUAGCCCGCUUUGUUCAGUUAGGAUCGCCUUGAUCCAGGGGCCGCUGGGCCACGCCAAGGACCUGCGGGGGACUGAAGGCGGGGCCCAUCCAACCUUCGCCAGACCCAAGCACCUCACUGUUUCCCCCUCCAGUGUCUCCCUGUGUUCCCCCUCGAACACCCGAGAGGGGGAGGGGGUAAGGAGCGCACCAAAGCGCAGAGCUUGCUGCCCGCCGCACGCACGCGCGCUUGCGUGCUGGUGAUGCGCGCGAGUGUGCGUGCUCGCCUGUGUGUAGUGUGCGUGUGUAUGUGUGAGUGUGGUGUGUGAACGCGCGCGCGCGUGUGUGAGACUCUUGAGCUGAACUGGGCUGUGUCUACCCCUAAACUCUUCUUCACAUAGGGUCCCCAAGCCGUUGGGAGAUGUCCCAAGCUAAGGACCUGCAUGUGACCGGAGGAGAUGGUCUUCCAUCUGCUCCUUAAUGUUUCUUACAGAAAUGCCUCGGAUGCUGCAGCUGCUAGGUGCUGCUGCCGCCGGCCUUUUAGAGCCUCCCUACCUUUCCGAGCGCUUCCCUCUUAGGCCCUAAGGCAUUUUGAUAUUUGGGGGAGAAAGAGCCACCUUUAAAAAAAAUCAUUUGCUCAGCCCCACUUUCCAAAAUCUGUGUUCUUAAACUUGCCCUCUGCCUCUCUCUCCCAUCUUCUCCUUUUUUCCCCUCUCAGGUUCUCACUGGGUCUCUGAAGAUCUUAUACCCAGAAAGGCAGGCCUCAAUCAACCACCCAAGAGUUUGUCUCUGUCACAUACCCAUUCCCCAUUCCUGGGAAGGCUGGCUCUAUUCAUUUGCCCUCUGUGAUCACCACAACAGAUAGAAGUGAAGUGUGUGUAUAUGAUGUUAGCAUGUGUAUGUAGGUGUAUGUGUGUGUUUCUUUAUACACAUAUAUUUACAUAACACCGUAUUCCUAGCAAAAUCAAAUCUAAGGCAUUUGGUUAUCCAGUGCAGUGCACUGGAAUAAAGAGAAUUUGUAGGCAUAUACAGCUUAAAUGAUUUAUUUUUAUGAAAAUGUUAACUGAUGAGAUUAUAUCUACCUGUGUAUGUGUGUGGAUAUAUGUGCACACGUGUAUAUAUGCAUACACAUUCUGUUCAAAUUUUCCUCAAAAAAAAUAGAUGGGGAUUUUUGCAUUAAUCUGUGUUGCUUUCAUGGCCCCAUCGCAGCUCCCCGCCCUACCUCACCUCUUCUCAGGAGCCCUCUAUCCCAGCUGUCCUGUCCAGCCCCUCCUCACACAGGGUGGCCCUUUUGAAGUGGAGACUUAGAGAAGGGUGCUCUCUGACACAGCUUCCAGCACAGUCUUGACUGAAUGUACUGUUCCCUAUUAGCGUCAUUUCUCCUGUGGCCGGUAAGCUGCCCAGGGAGAAGCGACAAAGGUCUGGAGUUUACAGAAUGUCUGUUUUUAAAGUCACUUUAUGCGUUUCCCAGUUUGUUUUUGUUUUUGUUUUUUGUUUUUGUUUUUUUUUUUUUUUAGUUAAAAAAGCACCGUCUUUUGGUGGUGGAUAAAUAAUACUAAACGGACUCUAGUGCAAGGGAGGAAAAACUCGAAGAGCGGGGAUUGUUGGGGAUUAUGGGGGAUUGUGAAUUUCCAGGUACUCGGGCUUUUUGUAGAAGGAGAAGUUUGCCAGGAGGGCCCAUAUUUUUUCAGCCGAAGGGUAAAAUCUUUCUUUGCAGAGACAGUAUUUUGCUGAAUACUUUUUAUAAUGUGAUGAUUAUUUAAAAAACACACACAAAAUUUGGUCAGUUCAAAGCUGGAAGGAGGAAUCAAAUAUCCUUUAAUAUUUUUUCUUCCUCCUUCUGGAAUAUGCAUGUCAUUGCAUGAUAACUCUGACUUUUCCUUUGUUUUAAUAAAACUGUUCUCAGACAUUUAAGCUAAACUAAGAGGAAAAAAAAACUUUGUUGCCAAAAGGUCGUGCUAUCCCGAUUUUUUUAUGUCUGCAUGUUAAAAAAACAAAAAACAAAAGAAAAUGCACUCUAACUUAUGUGAACUGAGAGAAAAAAAAUCAGGUUUUAAACAGGAAAACCUAUGGGGAAUGAUAUUUUUUGAAAGACUUUUGUAUACAGUUGAGUACUUAGAAAAAGACAAACCAGAUGUAAUAUAUUUUGUGGAUGUUUUUAUUUCUUGGAUUUAUAGUACCUUAUACUAAGGUUAAAAAAUGCUUGAUAUUGUGAAAAGGUGAGAUUCUUCACCAACAUUUCAUUUACUUCUUGUCACAUUGUUAUGCCAAUAUAAUAUAGUUAAUGAAAACAGCAUUUUUAAAAGCAAAUAUUGAAACGGUGUAAUGUUGUACCAUUUGCCCUGUGAGCAAAUGCCAAUACAGUAAAUAUAUUGUGUUUGCUGACAAUCAGCCGGGCUUUAAAUCUCAUUUCAUUUCUUGUUUUCAUGGUAUAAAGUUUUAGUUUGGCCUGGG